AUGGGCCACCACCGCAAGCACCGCGAGGAGGCCGACAAGGCCUCAGCCGAGGGGAGCAGCACCAGCAGCAGUGGGCGGAGCAGCAGCCGACACCGUCGGCACCGGCAUGCUCCCAGCCCCCCGCCGCCGCUCACGCCCGUGUCUCCGCCUCUCCCUGCAGUGCCAUCACCCAAGUCGGCCUCCCCAUCGCCCGUCCACAUCCCACUACUCACCCUGCCCGCCCUCCCCCUCCCGGCGCUCGCCGCGCCCUCACCGCUAUCAGCGAGCCCGACCGCGCCGGGGCCAAUCGAGCGCGCGCUCCAGACAGCAGGACACAGUCUCGACUACGCGCUGAGCACGGCACUCUCGGCGCACUCGCCGGCCUUUGCGAGCCGCCUCGGCCGGCUCGACGCGGCGCUCGUCCGCGCCGGCGAGGAGAUGGACCGCACGUGGCCCGGCACGGCGGAGCGGGUCGGCUCCCUCCGUCGCGGGGUGGGCCGCGAGCUCGAGCGGUGGGAGGCCGCGCGCGCGCUCUGGGUCAGCGGGGGAGACGUGUCGCCAUACACUCCUGUUGCGACUUCGUCGGGUGCGGACUCGUUGGUAACGGGCUCAGAGAAGGAGAAGCCUCUGCCGCCGCUACCUGGGACUGGGAAGGGCGAGGCCGCGCCGGAUGAGGUCGAGGACGACGCGCAGAGCGUCAUGGCCAACCCGCCGCUCAGUGACAACGGCUCACGGAGCCCAUCGGCGUGUGUUCUCGGCGACCACAAACGGCAUGACGAUGAGCCCAGCGAGGCCAGUGAGGACUGUGAGCCUUGUGAGCCUAGUGAGGAGCCUCCGCGUGAGUUGUGCCGUCGGCAUCGCCUCUAG